AUGAAUCCUGCUUUCGUUUCCUUUCGAACACAACCAAAAUUUGGUCAGACAUUAAUUCCCAUUGAGAUUCGUUGUGGAUUCUCCCAGCUAGUCACGAUUUUGAAUUAUAAUCCACAUGAGCCACAAACUGUUUCGACAUGUGUUGCAUGUGUUUCGAAUAGUACUCAAGAAGUAACAAACUCUUACAAGCAACAUUCGCAUGCGAAUUACCUCAAUACCACAUGUUACAAUUCCAUUCCACAAUUUGCUGUCCAACAUGGGAAGGAACAAUGUCUUUCGAAACGAAACGAAACUAAUCUUUAUCCACCUUCUCUUCACUAUGAAUGUGAUAAACUCUAUCAACGUUACCUUGAAACAACCCAAUGUAAAUCCAAACCGCCACCAAUUGACAAUUUCAUUGAGGAUUCUUCAAAAAACGAGUCCACCAAAUCAGUUGACAACCCUUUCAGUUUAGAGUUGGAUUGUGAAGAGCUGUUCGCUUUUUGUAAUGCCAAUGGGCACGUUUCUAAUUGUGAUGUGGGCAUGUCUCAAAAUGAAACUGAUGGGGAGCCAUCGUUUCGACCAUUUUCAGAUACAGAUUCUAAUAACAUGUUUUCAUUUUCACCUCAUACAAUUGUACAACUAACAACAGAAACUAAUGAUUCAGAUGCAAUUCCAUCAGAAAUAACAACUAGUGUUGGAACAAUCCUAACAAAACAUUCUUCCAACCGUGUUUCGAAUAAGAAAAAGAAUAAGAGAAAACGACCAUUGAGUGCUCAAAGUCUAAAAUUGAACAAGAAGGUGAAACCUAGCUCUACAUUGAACUCGAGUCAAAUUACUUGGCAUCACGUGAGUAUUGACUCCAAGAUGAAUCAACAAGAGAAUACUUUCGUAUACGAGAAUUCGUUUAACAUGUUCGAAACUUUCUCACCAGCAAAUAAUCCUUCACCAAUUACUACACCAUCCAACUCAGCUAAUACAUCACAAGAGUUUUCUUCAAUAAUCAUUGAAACACCAGAAAGUAUUUCAAAGAAAAUGAAAAGAGGAAGACCAAGGAAAGAUUUUCAAAUUGAAUAG